GUUGAUUUCAAUGACGGAUCUACUCAAAUAGAUGUUGAGGCUACUGUUCAGUCCGGUGUGAAAGCAGUUGAGAUUAUGAUGUCUUCAGAUGGAAUUGGUGGUGAUUCUAGUAAACAGAUUUCAGUUUCUGAAAAUGUUGAGGUUACGGAUCGUCGUCUUGUUUGUUUUGAGAUGGGUGCAACAGGUCUCAAUGUUGAUUCUAACAUUGAACUUGUUGAAGAUGACCCAAUUCCCGUUGAAGAAACUCCUCUUGUUGACAAGAGGAAAUCUAAGAAACCCAUAGCGUUGACGUCUCCGUUUAUGGAGUAUGACUCUUCCGUUUCUAGUUCUAAAGAUGGUUCUGAUUAUGGAGUUGUUAAGUAUGCGGCUGGUUUGUGUCCUCUUGAUCAUAAGAUUGGUGAAGAUGUAGAACAUAAAGACGAGAAUGAUUUUGACUUGUGGCUUGGUGAAGGACGGCGAUCAAAGAAAGAUCCCCAUGACAAGGACAAGGUUUACUUGAAGGGUAAGGAUAAGAUUGUUCCCCCUUUUCGUUUUGUCGUGGAAGAUGUUGCAACCAAGAUGUGGUUCCACAAGCUUGCAUAUCCUGGCCAAUGUUUAACUAAUUCUCAUUUGGAUAUAAUUUUUUACUAUCUACGUAAAAAAGGAAAGUAUGCAAAUGAGCCAAAGGUUAAGUUCACAACCACCGAUUGCUUAUUCUUCAAAACCAUUCAUGCUUUGUAUGAAAAAUUUGUUGCACAGAAAAAAGAUCAUUGCUGAUUAUAUCAGAGGUAGAAAAAUGUUAUGUGGUUCCCCUUGGCAUUUGUGCGAUCAUGUUUUGUUUAUCAUCCAUAUGGAGACUGAAUCACAUUGGAUUCUUGGUCGCUUGAAUAUUGAGGAAAGACGUAUGUACAUGUACAACUCCUUGUCGACUGCUAUGAAAGAUAGUGCCGCUAUCAAAGCUUGUCAGCCAUUUGCGGUGUUGUUGCCCCACUUUUUUGCUUUGUUCGAUGAGUUCAAAAAGGAAAACAAACCGGUUUGUUUAGACCCUUUCGAAGUUGUUAAGGUUGAUGGUUUGCCUCAACAAACCUCGAAGUAAGUUGUUUUUAGUUUUUAUUUUCAAGUGUUGUUUUAUUUUUUUUAUGUUAUUUUCCUUUUUUUAAGUUUUUCUGAUGUUGUUUUUUGGUUGUUUUCCAGUGACUGUGGUUGUUUCGUGGCAUCGUUUGCCGAAUACUUCAUUGAUAUGAAACCGAUUCCUCCCAUAUUUGAUGUUGAGAAACACCGUGAUAGGCUUGCUGUGUUGUUCUAUAAGUAUGCUCGCAUGAAAGAAGUGGAUUUUAUUGAUAGUGAAGAUGAGGCUCCUCCAAAGGGUCCAAAGAAGAAUUUGUUUUAGUUAUCUAUUUGUUGUUGUUGGAAAUAGUACUUUUUUAUUUAGCUUUUGUUUUUUCUAUUACCAGAUUAUGUUCAUAAUCAUAGACAAGUUGUUGUUUCUAUCAUGUUUUUUUUUUAUUGAAAUUGGUUUUUUAUUUGUUCCUAGUUUUGGAUUUUUAAUUUUUAUAUUCAGUUUAACCCAUGAAAGCAUAUCAUUAACAACCUUAUUACAACCAUCUUACAAACGACUAAACUUGCAUUUUAAUCACUUUAUGUAGUUUUGUUUCGUUCUUAUUAAUUUCAACUUUCUUGCACUCAUUUAAUUAUUUAACUAUAAUAUUUGAUGUUCUUUGUAUAUUAAUGAAUAAUACCAAUUCUCUAUUAUCAAUAUCUCUCCACAUAAAAAUUUACAAUAAAAAAAAAUGUAACAGCCAAUAGUAAUAUGCAGUAUGUUUUUCUAAAUGUUUUAGUAUAGUUGUUUUUUGGUUGAUGUGUAGUUGUUUGUACUUCUAUGUUGUAAUUCUUCUGCAGGUCUUUUUGUUAUGUCCCUUUUGUCCACACUUGCCACACUUGUUUUGUUUCUUUAUUUCCCAAGCUGCUGCCAUUCUUCUUUUCCUCGACCUUCCAGACUUGAUUCUUUCUUUUGGAGGCAACUGGGUAUACUGUUUCUUCAUAUGUUUGCAACUGGGUAUAUUCAAAAAAUUCUGGUAGUUCCCAUUCUCUAACGUUUCCAACUGGGUAUACUGUUUCUUCAUAUGUUUGCAGCCAUGCUUUUGAUGUGUAGUAUUGUGCACAGUAGUUGUAUGUGUUUAUGUUCAAGUCCUUCAUGACGGCGUCUGCAUGGUUACAUGGCAUUUCAUCUUUUUGAAAUCUAUUGCAUGUGCACGUCUUCUCCUUCAAGUUUACUAUUCUUGUUCUGUCUUCAUCUAUCACCUCAAAUAGGUUUUGGUUAGGUUUUAUGCCCUAAAUAAAACUCAAUUUCAAUGUAAUCUAUUUUAUUCAACAUCUAUUUUUCAUUCAUUUGUGUAUGUUUUGGUUCACUUUAUCAAUUGCUUGUCAAUUUGAUUUAUAAAUUCAUCUUAAACCCUUUUCACAUACUUGAUCAUGUUUAUUGUGCUGUCAUCACAUUGGAAAGUAAACAUGACUAUGUGAAUAAAGUUUCCUAGAUUUAUCAGACACAGGGUUUUACUGAUAUGAUAAUCUACAACAA